GUAGGAGGGAGGCCAGCCCCCUAGUAGGAAAUGAGACACAGUAGGAAUAACACUUUAUAAGCCCGACACCCUCUUCCUCCUCCCAUCUCCUGGCCUUCUUCCAUCCUCCUCUGCCCAGACUCCACCCCUCCCAGACGGUCCUCACUUCUCUUUUCCCUAGACUGCCGCCAGUGGAGCCCCCAGCCUGCCGGAGCCAGGAACCCAGGUCCAGAGCCUCAACUUCAGGAUGUUGACAACAUUACUGCCGAUACUGCUGCUGUCUGACUGGGCCUUUUGUAGCCAAGAUGCCUCAGAUGGCCUCCAAAGCCUUCACAUGCUCCAGAUCUCCUACUUCCGCGACCCCUAUCACGUGUGGUACCAGGGCAACGCGUCGCUGGGGGGACACCUGACGCACGUGCUGGAAGGCCCAGGCACAAACGCCACGAUCCUCCAGCUGCAGCCCUUGCAGGAGCCCGAGAGCUGGGCGCGCAUGCAGAGUGGCCUGCAGUCCUACCUGCUCGAGUUCCACGGCCUCGUGCGCCUGGUGCACCAGGAGCGGACCUUGGCCUUUCCUCUGACCAUCCGCUGCUUCCUGGGCUGUGAGCUGCCUCCCGAGGGCUCUAGAGCCCAUGUCUUCUUCGAAGUGGCCGUGAACGGGAGCUCCUUUUUGAGUUUCCGGCCGGAGACAGCCUUGUGGCAGGCAGACACCCAGGUCCCCUCCAAAGUGGUCACCUUCAUCUUGCAGCAGCUCAAUGCCUACAACCGCACUCGGUAUGAACUGCGGGAAUUCCUGGAGGACACCUGUGUGCAGUAUGUGCAGAAACAUAUUUCCACGGAAAACAUGAAAGGGAGCCAAACAAGCCGCUCCUACACUUCGCUGGUCCUGGGCGUCCUGGUGGGCAGUUUCAUCAUUGCUGGUGUGGCUGUAGGCAUCUUCCUGUGCACAGGUGGACGGCGAUGUUGAUUACUCUCCAGCCCCCUCAGAAGGGGCUGGGCUGAUGGAGGCUGGCAAGGGAAAGUUUCAGUUCACUGUGAAGCCAGACUCCCCAACUGAAACACCAGAAGGUUUGGAGUGACAGCUCCUUUCUUCUCCCACAUCUGCCCACUGAAGAUUUGAGGGAGGGGAGAUGGAGAGGAGAGGUGGACAAAGUACUUGGUUUGCUAAGAAACUUAAAAACGUGUAUGCUUUGCUGAAUUAGUCUGAUAAGUGAAUGUUUAUCUAUCUUUGUGGAAAACAGAUAAUGGAGUUGGGGCAGGGGGCCUAUGGCCCAUCCUCCAAAGACAGACAGAAUCACCUGAGGCAUUCAAAAGCUGUAACCAAAUAAACAAAUCAUCCACAAUCAAAAUACAACAUUCAAUGCUUCCAGGUGUGUCAGACUUGGAAUGGGAUACUGGUAUAAUAGGGUAGAAAGAAGUAACACGAAGAAGUGGUGGAAAUGUAAAAUCCAAGUCAUAUGGCAGUGAUCGAUUAUUAAUCAAUUAAUAAUAUUAAUAAAUGUCUUAUAUUUAAAGCA